AUGCACAUGUGGAAGCCAGAGGCCAACUUUGAGUGUCUUCCUCGAGCCUGUUGUACCUUCUUCGUUGAGACAGGGCCUCUCAGUGAAUCUGAACGUCACUACUUGCAGCCUGACUGCCUGACCUGCGUCCCAGAGAUCCACCUGUCUCUGUCCCUCUCCGAGCACUGCAGCUACAGGCUGUGGUGCAAGGCCAUUUUUGCUGGCUACAGGCAAGGCCUCCGGAACCAAAGAGAGCACACGGCUCUUCUUAAAAUUGAAGGUGUUUAUGCCCGAGAUGAAACUGAGUUCUACUUAGGCAAGGGGUGUGCUUAUGUGUACAAAGCAAAAAACAAUGCAGUGACUCCUGGAGGCAAACCAAACAAAACCAAAGUGAUCUGGGGAAAAGUAACUCAGGCCCAUGGAAACAGUGGCAUGGUUCGUGCCAAAUUCCGAAGCAGCCUUCCUGCAAAGGCCAUCGGACACAGAAUCCUUGUGAUGCUGUACCCAUCCCGGAUUUAAACUAAUGGAGAGUAAACUAAUGGAGAGUAAAUAAAUAAAAGUAGAUCUGUGCUCUUG